UAUUUGUAUAUCUGUACCUAGGUACUCACAAUGCUCUCUCUUUCAUCCGAUCAUUCAGAGGGGUGAUCGUUGGUCGAUUCUCGUGAAGUCUUGAAGCCAUUGAAUCCCCCCAAUUUCUGAACCUGAAUUUCGAGGUUACUCUUGAUCACAUUGGCGAUCCAUCCUGUUUCUCAAGUGAUUGUCACCAGCUCUUUGCAUAGCGGGAUUGCAAUCUGGUUUUAGAUCAUUUGCGUGGUUGAUGGCGACCAAUGAGAAUCUUCCUCCAAAUGUAAUAAAGCAGCUCACUAGGGAAUUGAAGAGUCUUGAUGAAACACCACCAGAAGGAAUAAAAGUAGGAGUAAAUGAUGAUGACUUUUCGACAAUAUAUGCAGAUAUUGAAGGCCCGGCUGGAACUCCAUAUGAGAAUGGUGUCUUUCGCAUGAAGUUGAUUCUGUCUCGUGACUUCCCACACUCACCACCUAAAGGUUAUUUUCUGACCAAGAUCUUCCAUCCAAACAUCGCAACAAAUGGUGAAAUAUGUGUCAACACGUUGAAAAGAGAUUGGACCCCAAGUCUUGGCUUACGGCAUGUUCUAAUUGUGGUCAGAUGUUUACUGAUUGAGCCAUUUCCAGAAUCUGCGUUAAACGAGCAGGCUGGCAAAAUGUUGCUUGAAAAUUAUGAGGAGUAUGCUAGACAUGCCAGGCUAUACACUGGAAUUCAUGCUUUGAAGCCAAAACCAAAGUUCAAGGCCGGAGCCAUCUCCGAGUCAACGGCUGCUUUAAACCUUGACCAGACCUCAUCGGUUUGUAGUAUUGACCCCAAAAACGCAGUAUCGGGUGUCGUGGGGCCUACCCCUUUAGCCCCUUCAUUGAACACAAUGAAAGGAGGGAGUGGACAGGAUCAUCCAACAACUGGUGCCAAUCUGAGCCCAACGGUUGAGAUUGGAGUCAGUAGUGGAUCUGGUGCUGCACUGGCUCCCAUGGUUACGCAAAAGAAGGAAUGCGGGUUGGUCAAGGCCCAAGCCGACAAAAAGAAGAUCGAUGCAAGAAAGAAAAGCCUAAAAAGAUUGUAGUAUCAUUUGUGUUUGUUGUUUUGUUUAUAUGAACAAAUGUAGGUUGAUUUUGCAACCUUUUCAAACAGGCUUAGCAUGUUAUGAUUGUUGUGAAUCCAUUGAUGCACAUAGAGAUAGGAAGAC